AUUAGUUUUUGAAGUCCUUUUUGAGCACUUCCAAAAUCUGUGUUCUAUUCAUUUUUCUUUUGAACUUUGCGUGUGUUUUCUUUGCUUACACUUUGUGUCUGUAUCUUACUCUUUAUCUCCAUAAAAGUUCUCUAUAGUUAGGUGCUUUUUUUUGUUGUUAUCUGCUCAUUUUUCCUACCUUUUUAUAGGUAGGUUCUGUUCUCUGGGAGGUUUGAUUGCUACCAUUAGCUUUAUUUCUGGGUUUUUGCCAGUCUCAGUUCUAUCAAGAUGGCAUGAUGGCCUAAGAGGUGGGAGCUCUGAGGGCCACCUCCCACUGCUGAUUCAGUUAACCCUUGAGACUGCUGAUGGCUGAAAUUCUCUCUUCAGACUUGGAUGAAAUUUUUGGACUCACUGUGAGCUUUAUCAGGAUGGCUCCUUCCAGUGAAUUGAUAUCAAGAAAGAUUUUCAAAGGAAUUUUAGCACUUGAACUUGUUGGAAUAACUGGAGCAUUUUUCUUAUUUAAUAAAAUGAACACAAGCCAAGAUUUCAGGCAUACAAUGAGUAAGAGGUUUCCCUUUAUCUUGGAAGUAUAUUACAAAUCCAAUGAAUGGGCUGGACUCUAUGGAAUAAGGGAACACGAUCAAGAAAAAUGGUUAAGCCGCAAAAAUUAAAACCUCUCCAGUUUGAAGAUUUCUCUCUGAAUUAUAAAGCCAGUCAACUCAUUUAGCUUCCUGUUGAAAAUUUUUUAUACUUUUGAAGAAAAGAUUCAUUUGGUUACAUAAUUACAUCUAAAGUCUUUGACUAUAAAAUAUGUGCAUACAUACAUAUAUAUACACA